UCAUUACUAAAGAUUAGUGUUUUCUUCUCCCAAGUUAGGGUUUGAGAGCGCGUCGCAUCGGUUCUUUAGUGUGAAGAGAUGGUUCACGAAUAUCCAAAGGGAUUGGAUUCGUUUUACAGCGAUAUAUACGAGGUGGUGGAUGAUCCGUCGUUGGAUUCGAUAAUCUCAUGGAGCAAAAGCAACAAAGGUUUCGUCAUUUGGGAUCCUAAAGAGCUAAUCGAAAGAAAGAUUGUUACGAGAUUCUUUUGCAGAGAGUUGUCACAGUUUAUCUCCGACGUUGAGCUUUUUGGAUUUAGAAGAGUUAAGGGGUCUAAGCACUUGAAGUAUACAAAUGCUAAUUUCGUGAGAGGUCAGCCUGAUCUCUUGAAGAAGAUGCAGAGUGAGACUUCCUUUGCUAGGUUUAAGAAAAGAAGAAGAGCAGCCAGAGCUAAAGCUCAAGUUGAGGAACGCUUGCAACGUUUACAAAUCUGAACCAUUAAUAUUCUUUUGUUUCAAUGACUUUUUUGUUAAGCUAUUUGUAUGUUUCAUGCAGACAAUGGUUAUAAAACUAUCAUCUCACUUUCUUGA